UCGUGAAAAUCACGUGACCGCCUCCCCUAUCCCCUCUGGCUCCCGGAAGUGGCCGCUGCUGUUGGCGCGCGCAGGCUUGGUCCAGCUGGGGGUUCGAUACCCGCCGGGUGCUGCUUCCCGCUUGCCCGUCCCCAGGUCCCAGGCCGGUCCGGGCGCCGUGGCCACGCUGGAGCCCCCGGCGGUGGCGACGCUGAAGCGGGCGGUGGAGCUGGACUCGGCGUCCCGCUUCCAGGAGUCGCUGGUGUGUUACCAGGAGGGGAUCGACUUGCUGCUGCGGGUGCUGAAAGCUACAAAAGAUGAAACAAAAAAAGCUCACUACAGACAAAAAAUAUCUGACUACAUGGAGAGAGCUGAAGCAAUUAAAAAACAUAUUGAAAAAGAAAGAGAAGAUGGUAAAUACCACCAGCAAAUUAAAAUUGAAGAAAAUGCAACUGGUUUCAGCUAUGAGAAGGUUUUCCAAGACUACCUUAAUGAGACUGUUACAGAAGUUUGGGUAGAGGACCCAUACAUUAGACAUGUUCACCAGUUCUACAACUUCUUACGAUUCUGUGAGAUGCUUGUUAAGGGGCCCUGCAAAGUGAAAACUAUCCACCUUCUCACUUCCUGUGAUGAAGCCAGUGGAAAGAGUCAGCAGACAAAUAGUCUAGAAGAAAUAAAGCAAUCACUAAAGAACUAUGGCGUAACACUGAAUGUCUCAUUUUCAUCUUCAAUUCAUGAUCGAGAAAUAAGAUUCAACAAUGGAUGGAUGAUUAAGAUUGGAAGAGGGCUUGAUUAUUUUAAGAAACCACAGGGUCGUUUUUGCCUUGGAUACUGUGAUUUUGAUUUGAGACCAUGUCAUGAAACAACAGUGGAUGUCUUUCAUACUAAACAUACAAAGAAAACAUGACCAAAUAUUUCUGUUUUUACUUAACUGCUCUUACAAGUUUUAAAUGCCUGCUCUUAAUUUCUCUCAAUUACAUGUAGUGUACAUAUUUUAUGGAAUAAACUAUUUUUUUUAUUUUUGAUU